ACAUCGUCACAAUGCAGUCCUUUUUGAUACUUGUAGUCUUUCUUUGUCUGGCUUAUUCCAUAGUGGCACGAGCAGCAAUCACUCUGAACUGCGGCGAAAACUCUGUUUCUGUGCAAUGGAGUGAAGUAGUCUCUCAAAUAGAUCCAUUUCUUCUCCGGUUGGGGAGCUGCCCUCCAUCUCGAGCAUCUGUGAACGCUCAAGGGUCCGAAGCAGUGUUUCAUGCUGAAUUUGGGGCCUGUGACAUUAGGAGGCUGGUGACAAUGGGUGGGAUUGUAUUUGAGACUGAGAUCACUUCUGUGGCUGAAACUGUUUCUUAUCCAGUGGCAUGCGUUUUUGAAAGGCCAAAAGAGUGGUCUCCUCCUUUGUAUGAUCCUCUGGCGUUUCAAACAUAUGGCCAGGGGGGUUUGGCCUUUCACUUGACCCUUAUGAAUGAUGACUUCAGUGGUUUGGCCACUUCCACAACAUUUUCUCUAGGCUCAACAAUCCCAAUUUCCGCCUCUGUUGAACAAUUGGGCCAUCAGCCUUUAAUACUGUUCUUGGAUGAAUGUUGGGCCACUACAACACCAAUAUUGAGUCCAGAGUCUCUCAUUCACCCACUAAUUACAAAUGGCGGAUGUCUGGUAGACAGCAAAAAGACCAACUCUAGAUUUCUGCCAAGAAACCAGCUUUCAGAGAUCCGAUUAGGUCUUCAAGCUUUCAGAUUUGCCACAGGGCAAGAUAUCUACCUGCACUGCAGACUUGUGGCAUGGGACCCUCAAGCUCUGGACAGUAGCAAGAAGGCAUGUCAAUAUGACAGUGCCAGCUCACAAUGGGUGUUGUUGGAAGAUCCUUCCCAGAGUUCUCUCUGCAGCUGUUGUGACACUAGUUGUCAAGGAACAAAGAAAAGGGAAAUAAAAGCAGGUUCCUCCGCAAUAUCUAUGCUUGGGCCUCUGGUUAUUACAAAGUGAUUACUGUGUCAAAUACCUUUUUAGGCGUGUCCAGAUUGUUCUCCAUGCAACUGGAGCUGCUUUGGACACCCUAAGGGUUGAGUUCUUUCUGUUCCUGUUGAACUGUUUAUUAAAAUGAAUAAACUGUUCCAAAAUGA